AUGCUACUGUUACUGUUCAUUUUUAUUGGUUACGUUUUCACUCAACCGCCAUUUGGACCCAACCCUAAUUGUCGUCCAUUAUCCAACUGUAAUCUCGAUUGUACUUUUCGUUACAAGCUUGACUCGAAUGGUUGUGAAAUAUGUUCUUGUCGUACAACUCCAUGUAUUAAUGAAACAGCUAUAAUACCAAAUGCCGAAUGUGAUCGAACUCCCAACGGGCCUAAAUGUCCCUCUACUCACGAUUGCGUUGGACCAUUUAAUGGACCUCCAACACCAGGCUCAACACAAUCUCCAACAGCUCGCGGCGUAUGUUGUAUCCACAUAGAUUUUGAAGCGCUAGGAUUGAGACCACCUGGUCCACGUCCACCGCCCCAACCUUAG